UUGUAAGCUCUCCGGCCAGUCGCACGCUCGUCUGUUCCUGGUCAUUACUACCUUCCUGUUUCUGGGGGACCUUUCAACUCCCGAAAGUACUCGCCGAAUUCCCGGAUUAUCCCCGAUUCUCCUCUCAGCGACCACGUCGUCACUGAGCAGAGAGGAUUUCGCGUGCUCAGAGUGAGAAGAAGACCACAAAGGAUCAGUGCCUGUGCUCAGAAAUUCCCUCCUCCAAUUAAUACACAAUCAAAUACAGCCCCAAAAAUUUACUGAAGCGUAUCACGGAAAAGCUUUUCCACAUGAGUAUCUUCGAUAACGGGCCGAUGAAGAUAGAGUUGCGGCAGAUUCCUGCGAACUCUGAUCGAUUAGGGGAGAUCAUCAUUCACCUGCGGAACACCUUCUUCGCUGACGAGCCCCUGAAUCGCGCCGUGAAGUUGUGUCGUCCUGGUGAAGGACAUCUGGAGCUGGAGCGUCACAGCGAGAAAACUCUCCGCGACGGCCUGAGCGUGAUGGCAGUCACGGAUGAGAAUGUGAUUGCUGGCGUGGCGCUCAACGGCAUUCUGAGACGCGGUGAGGUGAGGAAGGCAUUAGACGCGCUCAAGGACACUCAGGAUGAGCGCUUCAAGAAAAUCUUCAGGCUCCUGUACGAGGAGAAUCUCAAGACGGACUUCUUCGAUAGCUUUGGAGUGGAGAAAAUCUUUGAAAUUCGCAUUCUUUCGGUCGAUUGCAGGUUCAGGGGCCAAGGCCUGGCCAAGAAGCUGAUGGAGAAAAGCCAGGAAGUGGCACGAGAGAAUGGCUUUAAGCUGAUGAAGACUGACGCCACGGGGCUCUUCUCCCAAAAGACCUUCAGCUCCCUGGGCUUCAGCACAAAGUCAGAGUAUCUCUACUCGUUGGAGAAUGGCAAAGUGGCGGAUUUCAUGGUGGAGCCGCCACAUGACAAGCUCAAGAUCAUGUACAAAGUGCUCGACUAAGAGUCUCUCCCUGCCUUCAUCCACUCGCUUCAGUACCAUCCCAGAAAUUCAAUGUGAUCUACUAGAUGACAUGGUCUAUUUUUCGUGGUUUUAGUUCAAGAAUCAAAGUGAAAAUUGAUCAGAGUUAUAUAGAAUGUAUAAGAGAGAAAAGAUGCUAUAUUCACAUUUUAGAUGUCGUGCUGGAGUGCAGAAUGAAUUCCCUGGCGAACAAUUUAUUUUCUGGCUAAUCUCUCCUCAUUGUCAUUCUGCACAUGUUAUUACGUAAAGAUGUUUUUUCAUAUACGAUUGUGUCUUUGGAGCACAACUUUUAUGACAAAGAUAAAACCUUUUAGCUGACCAAUUUUUCUAU